CCUCCAGCCGGUAAAAUCAGAGAAGAAGAAAAGGAACAUUAUUUUGAAAAUUCCAGCGGAUGUUGUGUUUGAGCCACUUCCGCCAGCCCACCGCCAGUCUUAUAACUACAGCCUGGAGUUUUACGGAUAAUCCGGCUGUUGUCGGCUGUGAGCCUCAGAAAUGAUGAUGAGGAGGAUCUAGCGGAGAGCUGCGGAGCCUGGAGGGCAUCAUCCGGCCGUCUUUGCGAUGCUCUCUCGCCCUCCGACCCUGACGGAGACGAACGGUCGGGGAUGCGACCCGGCAGCAGACCCCGCCUCCCCGCUCCUCCCUGUGGCCGAUGCAGGGCGUCUCUCUCCCCCUCCUCCCCCCGCCGCCCCCCCAUGCUGCUCCUGCGCCUCCCUCCUGCCUCGCCUCUUGGCGGCUCACCGGAUGGAGGUGCGGCGCCUCCUGCGAGGAGCUCUGUCGUCCCUUGGCCGCCGCCUGGACUCUCUGGAGAGGAGGAGCAGGAAGCAGAACCAGAGGAGGAAGAAGCAGAAGGAGAGCGGUGAAGGAGGUUCACCUGCCGUCGUCUGCAGCUCCGCCUCCUCUUUCACAUCGGCCCCCUCAUCAGACGUCAUCAUCUCCUCAUAUUCACCGUCAUCCUCCUCUUCGUCUGAUGUCGACAGCUCGCCUCCCACCUGCAGCUUCAGCCAAUCAGAGCAGAGUAGGAGGAGCAGUGAGGAACAGGAGGUGAGGAGGAGGAGGAAGAGGAGGAGACAUGAAGGCUCCGUUCAUUCAGGAAGGGAAAAUGAUGAGGAGGAGGAGGAGAGGUUUGUGGGUCAGAUGGCGGUGUCCUACAGAGGAGGAGGAGCUGAGGGGGAGCCGCCGAUCCUCCUGCUCGACUUAAACCAGAGGAAACGCAGGCGGAGAGAAGGCGGAGCCAGCCAAUCAGAGAAGUCCCUCGCCGUGGCGGUCAGGAAGAACGGCUUCAGCUCCGUCUCCCAGCAUGCAGUUCUUCCUCUGCCUUCUGCUGUGAUUGGUCAGACCUGCGACCAAUCAGAGGUGAUCUCCUUCAGCCGGUGGACCUUCUCUGACAUCAUCAGCCACCUGUCCCUCCAUCAGAGCUGCUUCGACCCCCGACUCCCGAAGACCACCUUCAUAUUUAACCCCGCCGCUGUGCUGCACCUGUCCGCGGCUGCCAUGGAGACGGCAUUAGACUGGGUGAAGGGCGGAGUCUGUUGGAGCCCUCUGCGACCUCUGAGGGACUGGACGGCCCCUCCCAGCCUGAGCACCGACCACUGCUACAUGAGAAGGCAGAGCAGCAGUCCUGCAGGUUCGGUUCUGGUUCAACACACACAGCGAUCCAAUCACAGCACCUGGAGCCUGCGGUUCCCCAGGCGACGGGCCUCUGCUCUGCCUUUAUGCUCAGCCAAUGGGCUGUCUGCUGCCCUCCCCGCUAACCAAUCAGCAAACCUGAAGCUCAGUAAACGAGUGUCCCAGAUCAGAAUACGGCGGGCGUCGCCGCGGGAGACGCCCCUCACACCGAUGGGACUGCCCAAAGUUAAACGGUUAAAGAAGAAAGAGUUCAGUCUGGAGGAGAUUUACACGAACAAGAACUACGAGUCCCCCCCAAGCAUCAGGAGCCUUGAAACGAUCUUUGAGGAGCCUCGAGAAAAAGACGGAGCGUUGCUCCUGGUUGGCCAGCAGAAGCGGCGCCGACUCCUCCUCUUUCCUGAUUUCACUCAGCCGAGGAAGAGGAAGAAGCCCCAAGGGGUGGGACUUCCUGUGUCCUUGAUGCCCAGAAAACGAACGGCGGUGCGACGUCAGAACCACGGCGGAGGAUCCGACGACGGCAGCGAUCUGGACGUGAUGCUGGUGGAGCGGCUGAGCGAGCUGGAACACUUCCUGACGCAGCAGGGCCUGGACGUGUGAGCCCUGUGUGACAUCAUUUCCUGUUUUCCAGGGGUCAAGGACAGUAGGAAGACGUUUUUUCCAGAGGGGCAGUCUGUAAGGGGGAAAAUGCACCCCCGCCUGCCUGCCUGCUGCACUCUGGUCCACUGUGGUUUGCUGCAGUA